AUUCUUAAGAAAAUUCAUUCCAUCGUGUCGUUGUGUUACUGUCGUCUGCCAUUUGCUUGAGUAUCCCGACCAACCACAUCUUCAAAUCACAAUGCGCCGCUCUCUAUACACCUUGGCAACAUUGCCUGCUUUCGCGCUUGCUCAGUCUUCUGGCGGAGAGGUCAUUCCUAUCACCAUCAAUGGCUACAUCACAUCUAUAACAUUGCCCUACUGGCCAAGCCAGACUCCAGCCACAGCUCCUCUCACCGUCGUACCUCCUCCUCAAGUUGUCUCUGGAUACCUAUCAAGCGCAGAAUCGGCACUCAACUCGAUCCAAAGCAGCGCAUAUGCCUAUUUGUCAACCGUCCCUUCUGGCGUAAUACUCUACACAACCGCCAUCCCCGUUGUGAUACCCAUUGGCCCAACAUCUGCCUCAGCACCUGCAUCUAGCGCCACAGCGAUCCCUGUUCCCGCGCCUUCGUCAUCGAAGACCAUCGACGCCUACUCUGUUCUCAGCUCAGCUCUUCACACGUUCCCAAGUUCUUUGAUCCCAACCGUACCAGUCUACGUCCCACCGACUCCCUCACCUUCCGUUUCCACGCACUCGGUCUCUGUACGAUCCGUCGCCACACCAUCUGUCGCCACACCAUCUGUCGCCACACCAUCUGUUCCCACACCAUCUGUUCCCACACCGUCUGCCUCCGUCGCUUCGGUCCCUACGCCAACCUACCCCGUCCUCUCCAUCCUCAGCUCUGCGCUUGCGACCUUCCCCUCCUCUCUUAUCCCGACCACCCCAGUGUACAUCCCUCCCACUCCAUCCUCGGCUCUAAGCUCCAUCGCUUCCUCAGUCGCCUCAUCCCUCGCGAGUGAAGCGACACAUAUCACAUCCGCCGCAUUCAGCAUCGCAUCUUCCCUCGCAUCUUCCCUCGCAUCAGAAGGAUCAAGCGCUACCCAGGUUGCCUCAUCUGUUGCCUCUUCACUUGCUUCUGAGGCCUCUUCAAAGGCCUCUUCGCUCGCUUCUGAAGCCUCUUCAAAAGCUUCCUCCGCCGCCUCUGCAGUUUCCUCCCGCGCUGCCUCCGCCUCCUCAGUCAUCGCAUCUAUUACCAAAUCGCUCGUCAGCGAAGCUUCUUCUGUUACCGCCUCCCUCGCCUCCGAAGCAAGUUCAGUCGCUGCUUCUGUCACGAGUUCACUAGCUAGUGAAGCAAGCUCCGUCGCUAGCUCUCUUGCUAGCGAGGCGAGUUCCAUCACUAGCUCCCUAGCCAGCGAAGCCAGCUCAGUACAUGCUGCUGCGACGAGCGUGCGGAGUGAAUUGAGCAGCACGCUCGCGACGCAAACGGCGACGCAGACUUCGAUCCCGGCGGCACCGACGGCGAGCGAGGGUGCUGCUGCGAGGGUGGCCGCGGGGCUGGGUGCCGUGGUUGCGGCAAUGGUGAUGGCUUUAUAGAGUCGAAUAGCGGUGGGUUCCUCUAGACAUGGGUUGAUUUUGGGCGUUUGGGUUGGCUGGAUGGUUAUGGGUUAUGAUAUCAGGCUUUAUGCCAACUCAUAUGUGUAUGAGAUUUACUAGAUAAUGGGCUAAUUAGGACCGGGAGAUAUUUAUGAUGAAGAAUAGGAUAUGUAUAUACAUAGAUAGAUACAUCAAUAUGGAGAAUGAUACAAGUAUCGCAAGC